AUGGAUACCAAAUUCUUCCAGUCGAGAAGCUACGAACUGUCGCCGGAGUCCCGGGACCAGCUCUUUCACCAGCCCGAGUGCCUGCCCUUUGAUGAGAACAGCUCGGAGGAGAUGCUGCUGCUCAACGUGCUGGCGGAGGCAAGCGCCGCCGAGGCGCCGAGCUCCAGCCAGAGCAGCAAGGAGGAGGAGGUGCAGUCCUCCGCGAACGACGACGACGGCGGGGCCGCCAAGCCGAGCUGCUACAGAGGGGUCAGGAAGCGCCCGUGGGGGAAGUUCGCGGCGGAGAUACGGGACUCCACCCGACACGGUCGGCGGGUGUGGCUCGGCACCUUCGACAGCCCUGAAGCGGCUGCCCUCGCCUACGACCAGGCGGCCUUCGCCACACGGGGGUCCCUGGCGGUACUAAACUUUCCCGUAGAACGCGUGGAGCAGUCGCUACGGAGCGCUGCAAGCGGCAGCGCCGCCGCCGACGGCUGCUCCCCCGUGCUUGCCCUCAAGCGGAGGCACGCCCAGCGGCGGCGCUCCCCCGGUGGGAAGGUGCCCAAGCGAAGCUCGGAGGCCUCCACUGCCGGGAAUGUGGUGGAGCUGGAGGACCUGGGGACGGAGUUCCUCGAGGCGCUUCUCAUGGCCUCCGAGCCUUCCCGGUCCUGGUGA